GCUGAUAAUCGUUUGCUUCUUGCAUGUGAGCCCAGCCCUGGCAGAGCAAGGCAGAAACCAGGCAGGUCUGGGACCCAGUGCCUUAUCCAGAGGCACAAACUGGACACGGGGCCCCUUUUUCUCUUCUAUCCCUUGUCCAAAUGAUCUCUGUAAAAGCACCAGGUAGCUCACCUGGGUCCAUGAUGAGUGGGAAGAGAGGUCCCCAAAGUGAAGGAAAAAAUUCUGAAAUGCAGAAAGGCUUAUUUGCAGCCGCAAAUGGGAAUCUGGAAUAACUAUGAAAAACACACUGAAAUAAUUGUGUUUGACUGGAACAAAAUUCUUGCAAGUCCCCCCAGGAUGAGAUUCUGUGCCAAAUCAAUGCUUCUAUCUGACUGGCUUUUUCUGAUCUAUGUGUUAAUGGUCUGCUGUAAAUUGUUGUCCGCCUCUAGCCACCAUCCCCGGGGACAUACAGGCCAGCACCAAGUUAAGCAAGGGACAUGCGAAGUUGUGGCAGUGCAUCGUUGCUGCAAUAAGAACCGGAUUGAGGAGCGAUCGCAAACAGUCAAGUGCUCCUGCUUCCCAGGGCAGGUGGCUGGUACAACAAGGGCUCAGCCCUCAUGUGUGGAAGCUUCUAUUGUUCUACAGAAGUGGUGGUGUCAUAUGAACCCCUGUUUGGAUGGAGAGGACUGUAAAGUACUACCAGACUAUUCAGGUUGGUCUUGCAGCAGUGGAAAUAAAGUCAAAACCACAAAGGUAACACGGUAGCAAAGAAUAAACCCGUGGGUCACUACCAGCACAAUGGCACGUGCGACUGUGUUGCUUGGCUGUCAGACAGACCCUUUUUUUGGUGAUGAUGCUAUUGACUUAAUUCUUUGAACUUACAAAAAGUCAGUGAAAAGAACAAUACUCCUUUCAACUGUGGUUGCAGUUCCUGAAUCUGGAUUUUGCUAUACAGAACAAUACAAGAUUUUUUUUUUUUUUGCAAGAAAACACAAGGAGAUUUGGUUCUACCUGAAAUGCACCUUGGAUUCUUCAGGUUCUGACACCUAGCAGCAAUUCAUAGAAGCAUACACCUGGACUUCUGCAGUGCAUCAAUGAUAAGACUUUAUGACAUUAAGAUAUGUAAAAUUGCUUUAAAUGAGUUUAGAUCAUGAAAGUAAUUUAAGUGGUCAUAGAAAAAAAGCUUACGUUACAACCAAUAUGGAUUUAUGUGAGGUAGUUCUCACAGUACAACAGAAAAAUACAAAGCUGAUCCCAAUGCUGAGUGAGUAAAUGUCUUUGUGUAUUUUCAACUGUGAUUUAGUAACUAUCAAGGUUGUUUGAAGGUGAAAAGAUAGCAUUUCAAUUAGUAACAAUUAUUGUGGGGCAUACUUUGGUUAUAUCUGUGCAAGUAAAUUUAUUUCUUUAGAUAGUUCUAGGUACUUUAACUUUUACAUUCAUAAGUGAUGGCAGGGAAGCAUGAGGAAGAGACAAAAUUUGAAAGCAGACAUAGUUUUUCUUAAAAUAAAUCCAUUCUCUAGGGGAAUAGCAAAGUAUACAUAUUCCUUGCCUCUUUGAAUCUAGAUAUGGGAAAGAAUUUAGCCAUUAGCUAGAAAUAUUCAUUCAGAUGCCUGAAAAAAGGAGAGCAUGCUUGUACUGCAUAAGGAGGGCUUACUGGAAGGAGAGUAAUUUGUUCAGAUUUUCAUAGCUUUGGUUAUAAGUCCUAGUAGGUAACUUACUUAAAAUUCAUGAACAAAAUUCUAGAUAAAAGUGAAUCUUCACUUUCAAUUAGUUCUUGUUUAGAAUGAUUAUAAUAAUUAAAUGUCCAGUUCUUUGACAGACUGAAUUUCCAAGUGAUUACAUUUUGUGACACAUAAUUGUUUCAUAUUAUUGUAGAUGCAUUUCAUACUGUUUUUCUUAUUUGCCUGUUACAGUUUUUUGUCAUCAGUCUUCAUAAAUAGAACAGUAAGUAGAAGCGAAGCUGUAGCCAGGCUGAUUCCCAUUACAUCAUUUUGUGUCUUAAGAUGCAUUAAAACCGACUGAGAAUGCAAUGAUGCAGAUGGAUAUCAUGCAGAUGAACUGCUGCUGACCCAGCUACUGAACUCAUUGUUAUGCUUUAUGUAAAUGUGAGUGUAACAAUGUAAAUCUAAUUUUUACAUAGCCAGGAAAGAAACCAAAAUGAGUGUGUUGUACUAAUUUAGAUCAUUGUGCAUAAGCUUUCUAGUUUGUGGGAAAGAUACUAUCAGCAGUGUGGAGCUGCUCAGAGUAAUAAUUGCUGGCCUUUGAUUUACUGGAGUGGAUGGGAGUAUUCAGCCAGGUAAUUCCAUAGCAGGUAGUGGUGGAAAGAUCUAGCCCUGUGUUUUUUGGUUUUGACUUCUCUGAUUUAGCUCACUUUCAAUUAUGCAUUUGAUUACAGCUGGGAUCAUAGUGGUCAGUGUACUUGGUGAUAAGUAAACAAGAAAUGUUCCGCUCUGUGCAUGGACAGCUGAACAGGUAUUCUACCUGAAAGACUCUGCUUGCCCGAACGAGCUCUACAUUCCUAAUUUUUUUUCAUUGUUUCAAUUUUCUGAUUAAAUUUUAAAAGUACCUUUACUCUUUCUAUUAUUUCUGUGUAUAUCUGUUCAAGAGUAUCAUCAGUGAAGAUGGUUUUUGUUUACUGUUUGUACAAUGUUGACCCAUAACUGGUAUUUAUUUAUUGGGUAAUUUCUGUAUAAAAGCAUAGUAAAAAGCCAUCAAUGAGCUGUUCUGA